AUGAGCAUGCCAGGAAAGCCGUCGAGCAGGAGCAACGACAACAAGUGCAAGCACAGCCCUUCGCAAUGGCGCUCGUCCAACGUCCUCACGCCUGCGAUCUGCAAGCUGAUGCUCGGUCGAAGCAGCGACCGCGAGAUCAGCCACGCGAUGGAGCACUUCAGUCAGAUCGGGCAAUGCCAGUGCGGGAAGAAGGUGAUCCUCUGCAAGGUCUGUCCUCUCUCCGGCGACAAGCUCGCCGAGGGCCUUCCCAAGCUCUGCGGUCAGAGGCUGCCCAACCCCAUCACGGUAGACAACCGAGCGUCGAGGAACGCGGUCGAGUCGCACUCCAACGGUGCCUUCCACAAGUACUGGAAGGAUCUCCACGACAAGAUGCUGCGCGAGCGGAGCAGUCAGAGCGAGUCACCCGAUGACUGUCUGGACGGGGCCUUGUGCUCGCCCUUCGUGGCAGAGUCUGGAGGCUCCUACUCGUCGCCGGAUAGCGAUCUCUUCGCGUGUCUGGCUGCUUCAGCCUCGAUGAUGCACGAGGAGGAAGCUCUCGAUCAGAGCUCCUCCUGGCACCUCGACCCCAUCCCCUCCGUCAGCUACUGCCCGCCCGACGACUCGCAGCCCCGCUGCAGCCUCUGGCUUCCUGCUGCCGAGCCGAGCGCGACGCAAGCAGAGAGCCAGGCUCAUCAGAGCCUCUGCGACAACGACAGCCCCUGUGAAAGCGCCAACCCCACGCCCAGCUCGGAGGCAGCUGUGAGCUCAGAGGACACGUGGUUCGCGCUCAAGGCCAAGCUCUUGCGAGAGCAGAACCUUAAGACCGCCUCAGACUCGACCUGGACGCCCUUCCCGCACCUGCCCGCGUCACCCUGGAGCUCGGAGCAAGCGACCGGCAACGGCACGAGGAGGGACGGCAGGGGGGCUGGAGGGGAGAAGAUCUUGCCGGCGAUCAACCUCGACUAUGACUACUUCUCCUACGUGAAGCUGCACGGGCUGUCCAACGGCUGGCCUGACUUUGUGUUCCAAGAAGACUUCAUGAAGCCCUCCUUGCACGAGGUCGUCGCCUACGCCAAGAAGCACAAGCACCUGCCCGGAGUGAUCCCCGAGAAGAGCGUCCACGCCGGUGACUUCUCGUGCCAGCGAGAGAUCGCGAGUGUCUUGCAGUACGUGGAGAUGCUGGUGCUGUGGGCGAAAGAGCUGAGCGACUGCAACAAGCUGCUGGAGGAGCAGAUCGGGCAGUUCAAGAAGGCGCAUGCGACAGGAGACGAGAGGGAGCUUAUGAUGAAGGUGUCGAAGCUGCUGAGCAACAUCGUCACCAAGAAAUGCAUCCAGCAGCUUCAGCUCUCGAGGCCUCAGGGAGCCGAGCUGCUGCAGUGGAUGCGGGAGAACGGCUUGAUCUGCUUUGCCCGCGUCUUCUCCAAGAACGGGCUCUACUCGCUCGAGCAUGUGGCAAAACUGGACCAGCAGGACUGCGAGAGCCUCACGUGCUCGCUGGAGAGUCUAGGGUCUGUGGGGAAGCGGAUCGAGCUGCAGCUGGCGGUGCAGCAUCUGAGAGGAGACAUGCGAGCCAAGGACAUGAACUACAGGCUAGAGAAGUUCAACGACUCCAAGGUCCCUGUCUUCACCGCCUGGUCGAGCUUGAGCGCCACAGAGAUCAUCUUGUCGAAAGUUUACUUCCAAACCUUGUUCUGUUUCUACGGACUUCUUUGCACAUCUCAGACAUUCAGGUCCAUGUCAGAGCCCAUGCACUCAUGGUACGGCAUUACUAACAGAUCCACACCAGCAUGGUGUAUAGUCUUCCUACACUGGCCCUGUGGUGUGAUCAAGGGAGCCUUGUGGCUCAAGGCAGUGUAUGACGCCAGGUACAACUCCCCCCACCAGGCUUACCUCACGACUGUCUUGAACUUGAAGGCUCAGAUCUUCCAAACCUUCUGUCAGAUCCUCACGGAGAUAGUCCAGCUGCUGGGGGGCUGGCAUGACAAGACCGAGCCAUGGACGCUGCACAAGAGCCUGACGCGGGGGUUUCUGUUCGAGUACUUCUCCCUCGCUCCCUUCAUGCUUGUCAUGGCCUACCUGUUUGUCAACCGUCAGGACCUGAUCGUGAAGUUCAUGGCGCUUCUUGGGGUGCAGCAGUGCCUUGUGCUGGCGCCAGUGCACCUUGCUCAAGCUUCGAUGCUGAGAGCGUUCUACAACUUGGCUUCAGGUCUUGUGUUCUGGUUUGCGUACUUCACUUGCACGACUCUCAAGUGGAGCAUCAAGAAGAAAGCGUCGAGGAGAGUCAAUGGCGACAAGAAGAAGUAUGCCGAGCAGUGGUCUCGUCUGCUGCAAGUGCCAGCCAACCAGGCGAUAGUGACGAGGCUCAUCGCGAGGACCGAGAGGAUCGAGCAGACGGUCGACCGGGAGUAUCGGGCCUGCUUCGCUGCUGCGACCAUGACGAGGAGCUGGAGGUUUCGGAGUCUCUUCCUGGAGCCUGUAGGGAGGUUCUCCUUCAAGGGGAAGGUCCGCCAGCAGACCAACAACUUCGGUCAGCUCUUCUGGCAAGCCUCGAGUGUCAACGAUCACUUCCACGAGUUCUUGGCCGACCUGCUCAAGAAGAACCUCUGCCAUGACCUCAACCCCUCCCACCCAGCCGUCUCUCACGGCGAGCAGCAGCUCAGGCCCGAGCUUCGCUUCCUACAGCGCGCCUCUCUGAGGGGAGAGGUCAGGGUGGACACGUGGGACAACCUCAUCUUCGUGCGAGGGCCCAUCAAGCAGCCCGAGCGAGCCAUCCAGAAGUGCGUCAGGAUCUAUGGGAGAGACUCUGCCUGCCUCACCGACCUCGUGCGAGCGACUGUGGUGGUGGAGCAGCUGGAGCAGGUGGAGCAGCUGCUGGCGUUCCUCGAGAGCAUCUCCGUCAUCGGCACCAAGCAGGAGCGGAGAGGAGGGAAGCAGCAGCAGCAGCAGCAGCAGCAGUCUCCUUCAAGUCAGCCCUUGUUCCGCAUCGUGCGCGUCAAGAACAGGUUCUCGGACUCGAGCCGCUACUACGAGCCGGAGAACGCGUACCGGAACCUGUCGAUCAACCUGGAGGUGGGCUGGGUCUUCGAGGAGGAGCAGUGUAAGUUCCUGCCGGUCAGCGAGUGGGACCUCAAGAUGGCUGAGACCCACAUCUGCGAGCUCCAGGUACAUCUGCUGUCGCUCUACGAGCAGUACCAGGAGGGAUCCAAGAACUACGUGCUAUGGCGCGACAUGCUCACCAGAUAG